CAGGAUCAGAUAGCACAUAUACCAAGAAAGUGUGAGACAUGGAAGAGGAGAGACUGUCAUGACUCCAAAAUGAGCUGCGAGGAAGUGAUUAUCUGAUCAAAUCGGACCCUGGAGACCAUUGUUUUCAACUAUAAGCCACUUUCUGAUUUCUGCUCUCUUUCUGAUCUACUGGACCUCAAUCGAAACCUUGAAGGACUUGACAGCAGGAGUGUUUGUGAUGGUCUCUCUGUGUGGAGACGGAGACAUGAAGGUGCUCUGCAGCCGUCCACUCUCAUGCCUCAGGAGGAUGGAGGGGUUCUACCCAUAACAGAGGAGAGGAGUUGAAGGAAGCCUGAGGAGAAACAUGCAGCAGUUCGGCUGAAAGCUCAGAAAGAAACACAAAAAGCUGGAAAUCAACGUACAUCAGCACCACCUGCACGCAAGGAAACUUUGAUUGUGCCUCAGCUCUUGAUUCCAGUCGAUGCUGAGUGCGUGUUGGACGGAGCCGUGCAUUUCCUGUGAGCGUGGUCAGGUUAGUACGAGCUGGGCUGAUAGUGUGAAGCCACGUGACCGUGCCCCACUGAGGCAUGAGUGUGGGAAGGGCCCACCACCACAGCUUCGUGUCCUGUGAAGAAGAAGGCCUGAGACUGAGUACCAUGCCCGCCGUGGGCAACUUUGGCAAUUGCAAGAUUCACACGAGGCGCAAAUGCCAUGGGCGGUUUGUCACCAAGAGCGGCCAGUGCAACAUCCAUUUCUCAAACAUGGAUGAGAAGUCACAGCGGUACAUAUCUGACAUUUUCACAACUUGUGUGGACAUCCGCUGGCGAUACAUGUUCCUGCUGUUCAGCCUGGUGUUUGUGGUGUCGUGGUUAACGUUCGGUUUGGCAUUCUGGGUCAUUGGCCUCCUACAUGGGGACAUGGACCAUCUCAGAGGGGACGAGAGUUUUGUUCCUUGUGUCAUGCAGGUCAACACCUUUGUGGCAGCUUUCCUGUUCUCUAUUGAGACCCAGACGACCAUUGGGUAUGGCGCUCGUUGUGUGACAGAGGAAUGCCCUGUUGCCGUCUUCAUGGUGGUCUUUCAGUCCAUCAUGGGCUGCAUCAUCGACGCCUUUAUGAUUGGUGCUAUCAUGGCCAAGAUGGCGAGGCCAAAAAAGCGUGCGGAGACUCUACUGUUCAGCCACAACGCAGUCAUCGCUUUACGUGAUGGGAAGCUGUGCCUCAUGUUUCGAGUCGCUAACCUAAGGAAGAGCCACAUCGUGGAAGCUCAUGUCCGCGCCCAGCUCGUCAAGCCUCGUUAUACAGAGGAGGGCGAGUACAUCCCACUGGAUCAGAUUGACAUGAACGUGGGCUACGACAAAGGCACAGACCGCCUUUUCCUGGUCGCACCCCUCACUGUCAUACAUGAGAUCGAUGAAGAAAGUCCACUGUUUGGCAUAAGUAAGCAGGACCUGGAAACAUCUGACUUUGAGAUAGUGAUUAUACUCGAGGGGCUGGUGGAGGCCACAGCCAUGACGACGCAGGCGCGCAGCUCCUACCUGCCCUCUGAGAUUUUGUGGGGUCACCGCUUUGAGCCGGUCAUCUUCGAGGAGAAGAGCCAGUACAGGAUAGAUUAUGCCUACUUUCACAAAACAUUCGAAGUGCCCUCCACCCCGAGAUGCAGCGCCAAGGAAAUGGAGGAGAGAAAAUUCCCGACAUCAGGGGCCAACUCCUUCUGCUAUGAGAACGAGCUGGCCUUUAUCAGCAGGGAUGAGGAGGAGGAGGGAGAUGUAGAGAAACAGGAAGUCAGGAAGUAUUCAUCAGAACUGGUGAAUGAGUCGAUCACUUCCAGAGGUGAGCAAAUGUCCUCUGUAAGAGAAUCAGAGAUUUAACUGUGGGCUGUUGCUUGUUGUGCUUGUUUCUGAAUGCAGGGUAAUGCAGUUGUCAUGUGAAGAGCCCUUUGACUGUCACUCUGCUGACAUGAGGACACCACUGAAGACUUUACAGCUGCAGGUGGAGGAGCAGCAGAACCAAUCUCCAUCAUACAAGCAAGAAGGAAACUCAUCACUGGAGGAAAUGAGAGUUUUACUUCCCUGAUAUGGAAACUGAGAUUUAUCGAAUGCAAAGAAAAAACUGUUUCACUUUGCAGAUCCACAAAAUCAAGUGCAUGACAUUAGCAUAGUUUUCUAUGAAUGUUUUUGGACCGGUGGGGUUCGAAACUGACACUUUGCAGAUGAUGAGUAGAAAACUAUACACUGGGAUUAUUCCUCCAGAUUGACAGCAGACUUCAUCUUAAUGAUAUAACUUAAAUGUGAACAAUAAGACUAAGUAUUUUACAUCAUACACUGUCAGGUAAUAGCUGGUGUAAAACUGGAGACACAUGAAAAAUCCAUUAUAAAACACAUGUAUUCAUACGAACAGGGAAAACUAUACAUCACUUUCAGCCCUUGGGGAAAGAUUUGACCUGAGCAGAUGUUGAAAGUGUCUCUAAAACCUUUAUGGCCAGAGAAAGUACAAUUACAUUUGCCUGUAGUGCUUGUUACUUGUUUACAAAUGGUAAUGUAUUUUUCACUUUUAAAAUUACAAGAGAAAACUCUUUUAAGAUUAGGAUUGGAAUGAAUUAUCUCAGGUUAACGUUGGAUGCUAUUAUAGGCUGAUAUGGUGGUUCGGCAACAUGAUAGUGUCCAAGACUGACUUCCACACGUGAGCCUAUACUAUACAUUGGAAGUAACGCUUGGUAAGUGCUGCCUUCAAAUGGAAUUAUACGAGCAAAUGGUUAUAAAAGAAGUAGUGAACACAUACGCUUUGAUUUCAGGUGGUUAAAGAGGCAACGGCAACAUGGAUGCCUCGCUGCCGGCGUCUAGAAGCCGGAGAGGUUAAAACAUGUUGAAGGAAAUGCAGAGCAGUUGAGAAUAUCAACAUUUUCCUCAGACAAAGCCUGUUAGCAAAUUCAAAACUCUCCAAUAUUUCAACUCAUCAUCCAUUGAUGCCAUUUCUGAAAAUGUCCACAUACACAUGGUCCAAGGUUGUGAUCAUAUGGACUCCUCUCGGGAACAAGGUAAACACGACCAUAAUUGAAGCCAGCAAAGGUCAUUUCUGUCGGUAAAGAGAAAUAAUAAUGUUUACAGGUUACUUAAGAGCUGACAAACUCACUGGUUAUGUGGUUAAUCCAUCCCUCGCACACUUACUCUGCUAUUUUUGGUCACGGAGAGAAAAAAUACAGCAACCUCCACAAACGAACACUCAGAGAAAGCUUCACAGGCCUGCUGGGUAUUGUUACGGACGUGCUAAACAGUUUUUACACAGUCACUGGGCACAACGAUUAGCAAAUCGUCAACUGAAAUAAAUGUCACUUCUUCUCAGAUGAAAUAUGAUUUCUAAACAAAAAGUCAUCAUCAUGACCUGUUUGAGUCUAUAAACACAAAAUAAUAUGACCCAAAGACAAAGAAUAGAAACCACAAAGUUAUUCACACAACUCUGUGUUCAGCCCAGAGUUUAUAAAGAUAUUCCACAUAUGAGUGGUGCCACAGUAACGAUUGGGGGAUGGAGCUGUGGUAGUGAUGUCUCACCGAUACACAGGCUCGACCGAUCAGGUGUCAGUCUCAGAUGUCAAUCAUAAACAGGACAUUACUGACUCUUGAAUGUUUAGGAACAUUUAUAUGGUCUGUAAUCACAUUUUGACAGCACAAUAUCAGGACGUUUUAACGAGCACUGACUCAGAUGUCGUAUAUUAUAAUGAAAAUCUCACAAUAGAUAUUAUUUAUAGGAGAAGCGAUGAAGUUAUUAGGUCAGACUGUGCACCACUGUUUCACUUAUUCCAGCUGAGAUGGAUUAGUUUUCCCAGCAUCUCAAACUAAAAGCUCCAUGUGGGUUAACUUUCACACUGGACUGCCUUUUCAGCAGGUUUCAACACAUUUGUAUUAAUAUCUCUUGCUGACUUGUGCUGGAAAUAUCUGAAAUAGAGACUUGUUCCAGAAAACAAGUGGCAGUUCCACUGCCACAGCAGGGCCAGGGACUUACUGCCAAGGAGAAUGAAGAACUCUGAUUUGUACAUUUGUCAGGCCCUUACUGUAAAUACAUAUUUUUUUGUUUGACACUGGAAAUAACUCUCUUUGUCUGAUUGACAGAAAUAACAUCUACUGAACUGAAUGACUUUGACCUCCUCUUGCUGUCUUCCACUCAAUGCAUUUGAAGCAAUCAUGACUUUAAGUUGCACCCUCUCCCCUAGUUUGUCGUGUUAGACAACAAUUCAUGGAUUGUGAGACGAGUAAAAGAAAAUCUCCUGUUGACUGCCACAAUAAAAUAUAUUUCA